AUGAUUCGUACUCCAACACAUACAAUCCGGGUUGGCGAGAUCAUCCAAAUUUCAGUCGGAACAAAUCCUACUUUCAAUCAACAAGGUGGAUACCAAUUCAUGCAAAGACCACAACAAGAACAUCAAGGCACAAGUGUGGAUGACAAGUUCACUCAUAUGAUGCAAAGUGUGCAAGAGAUUUCAAAGACAAUGCAAGGGUUCAACCAAUACCAGCAGAAAUCCGAGAUGGCUAUGAGAGAUGUGCAAUACCAAGAGAAUGUCAAUGUUGUUGAGCUAAGAAGUAGGAAGCAAGUAGAGAAACCGGCAACAUCACCGGAAUCUCAUGGGCAUUUUUUAGAGCAACAAGAGGAUGAAACGACCCCUAACAAGGCUGAUUUGGUAACAAAUUCUCACUUUAAACCUCUUGUUUCUACUAAUGUCACUUCUCCACCUUUUCCUAGUAGGUUUGCAAAGUCCAAGAAGGACACACUAUACAAAGAAAUUUAUGAGAUAUUCAAGAAUAUCCAAGUGAACAUACCACUCCUUGAAGCAAUAAGGCAAGUUCCUCGCUACGCAAAGUUCCUAAAGGAAUUGUGCACUAACAAACACAAAUUGGUCGGUAAUGAAGUUAUGUAUGUGGGUGAGAAUGCUUCCGCGUAUCUUCAAAAGAAACUCCCGCCAAAGUUGAAGGAUCCCGGUAGUUUCACUAUACCAUGUACAACUGGUACAACCAGGUUUGAUCGUGCUUUUCUAUAUUUAGGAGCAACUAUUAAUGUUAUGCCUACCUCAAUAUAUGAAUCGUUAGACCUUGGUCCUCCUAAGGAUACCGGUAUUAUUAUUCAACUUACUGAUAGGUCCACUACAUACCCGAAAGGGGUUGUGGAAGAUGUUUUGGUGCAGGUUAAUGAGCUUAUUUUUCCUGCAGAUUUUUAUGUUUUAGAUAUGAGGGAUGAAGAUUCACCGUCGUCUACACCGUUGCUGUUGAAUAGACCUUUCAUGAGAACGGCUAGAACUAAAGUUGAUGUUUUUAAAGGCACCAUAACUAUGGAAUUUAACGGUGAACCCAUAAGUUUCAACAUCUUUGAGGCUAUGAGAUACCCGAGUGACGUGCAUUCCUGUUUUUCGGUUGAUGUGAUUGAUUCUUUGUCUCAACAAGUGUUUGAGUUAGACGGUGAUAAUGCGUCAGAGAAGCUAUAA